CCCAGUUCAAAAGCUGGCUACUUGCUCUCUUCACCUGCACGGCCACAUCGACUCCAGCGCAUCAACUCCUGUCAAACGUUCACACAGCUAUCAUGGUGCUUUCCGAGCCUCAGCCAGCACACCUCGGUCUCGGUCGUGGACCGAAGAUCGAAACUGGUCAGCCAGUGAGGCAAGAACCAAUGAGAAUGAGGCCUCAGCCAAAUGAUCCGUCAGUUGAUCGGCAGCCGGUUGGCCUGCGGGGCGGAGAGCGCAGCGAGGCUUGCCCUGGACGAUUCUGUUUCUGCAUUCCAUGCCCACUGCGGUGCGACUUCUGCAUCUGCUGCUUCUAGUGAGAGCCUCGCUGACUGGGCGGCGUGGUUUCCUUUUCUAUAUGGAAGUGCGACCAGAGAGUUUGCAUCUCUUUCAACAGGUCGACGAACCUAGAAACCGGCUUCCUCCAAGUCAUCAGUUUCACACGUCUUUAUCACACUAACGAUUGCCAUGAAAUAUGCCAAAUACAGCACGAUAUGGAUCUCUUCAGUAGAUACAAAAUUAUAAGUUUUACUGAAAGAAGCUCCAGUUUUGUGGGUACAUUUUGCAUGCUUCAAGUGCCUCAAAAGGAUGUCUGCAGAUCCCUCUUCUAUCUCCUGAGCGGUCCGUAAUGUGGAAAAAAGAGAUUUGUACAUGACGUAGCCGUGAUAAUUGUUACUCGCGAGGAAACGCCUGCGGUCUGUAGUAACCAAUGUGUCUCUUAGAGCAGUAUCGAAGCCUCUCCUGCGGAAAAUAGUUGGCUAUACCAUAUUGGAUGUGACAGAGCCUUGGUGCCGAGGAGAGAAAGGAUUUGUUCGGUCGAGCGAGGGAGGUACUGCUACACCCAUGGAAUCGUGCAUGAUGGAGAAUUGUUGGAUAUCAGUAUAAGGCUUGACGGACUUCUACAUGUGUAACACCAGGUUUCGUCUGAGACAGAAGGAAGAUCGGUUUGUGUACAGAGAGAGUUUCCAUCUCAUACGCUCCGAAGUAGUCUUCGUGGCGGUCUAGAAUAUGAUUCCCAUUCGCC